AUGCGUUUAGGGUGCCCACUCGAGAUACUGAGAGAUCGUGGAGCCAAUUUUACCAGCAAACGUGCGGCCGCUUAUCUCAUUCGUACCAAGUCAAAUCAUCGACCAACCUUUGCAUUCACCCACGCACAAAUGGUAAAUGGUAAUAACCACGACCGGACUCGAAAGCCCUGGAAGAGCUAUACCCAUAACCUUGUCUCUCCACCCAAGAGACAGUAUAAUACAUUCGGGGGCGGUGGCAACAGCCUCGUCCUCGUGUGGAUCCGGUUCAGCAUAGAAUCUGGCCUAAAGACGUUCAGCCAUCAUCCUGCGGAUCGAAGCUUCACGGAAUCCACCGUGAAGCCCAAUCUAACAUGCCUUUUCACUGAAAAGACAAUAAGAGCAUUGGCUUCUCAUUGGCGCCGAAGCUCCCACUUAUCUGUACCUCUUAUAUAUUUUUACCAAGCCAGGAAGAGAAUCGUAACCACAGUUCCCCAUUUAGGUACAGUGGUGAGCCGUACCAUCCAGAUUCCUCUCUCUACCACUCCUAUGGGUAGCAGAUUUGAGUCGUCGCCGACACGGACAGAAUGUCCGUGCCCAUACGCUCAAACGUCAACUCCUUCAGCUCCCUACUGCCACUUUCUACUCCUGUUCACUCCGACGUCCUAUCUCCUCGUCAUCCUUUCUACUUGCCCACGCCUUCCCCCAAAACUCUCUUCCUCUACUCGCACAGCACCACAUCCCCCUCACCACAUCCACUUCACCACAUCCACUUCACCACAUCCACUUCACCACAUCCACUUCACCACAUCCACUUCACCACAUCCACUUCACCACAUCCACUUCACCACAUCCACUUCACCACAUCCACUUCACCACAUCCACUUCACCACAUCCACUUCACCACAUCCACUUCACCACAUCCCUCUCACCGCAUCCCUCUCACCACAGGCUCCUACGCUUACAUCUGCCUCUUUUCCUAAUAACAUUCCUCCCUUCCAUCAUUCCCACCCACAACCGCCCUCUCCUCUUCGUCGUUUCCACUCUCGGUUGCUGCCAUCUGGGCGUCUCGUCGUCUGGUCUUCCGGUCUUCCGGUCUUCCAGUCUUCUGUUCAUCCGGCCACAACGCUACUCCUACUUGUCAUGAAUUAG